AUGAAUUCAGGAAAUGGUAUGAGCGGUCAGAGUUAUGACCAGCAUCUACAGAGCCAGUUUUCCUCAAAUUUAAAUUCAUUUAUGGACCCCGUUAAUCAACUAACUCAAAACAACCAAUCAAAUCAGCCUAGUCCAUUGAAUCAAUUUACACAGACUAACACAGUGGGAUCUGGUGGCAAUAAUGAGUAUUCUACAAAUCAGUCAAAUCAGCUUGGUAUGAAUCAGAUGAAUAUUCCCAUCAAUCAACAGGUAAGUUCUCAAUUUAUGAACGAUCAUAGCAGCAUGUUCAGUAAUACGAAUAGUGUAAACGAUAUGAGCAGCGGAAGUCCGUUGAAUCAUAUUAAUGCAUUGAACAAUAUGAAUAGUCUAGGAAAUAUAGGGAAUAUAGACCAUUCUACCAAUUUUAGCCCCACCAGUCAAUUUAAUCAUAUGAAUAAUAUGAGCAACAUGAAUAGCAUCAACAGUAUGAACAACAUGAGCAACAUGAGCAACAUGAGCAACAUGAAUAGCAUCAACAGUAUGAACAACAUGAACAACAUGAACAACAUGAACAACAUGAACAACAUGAACAACAUGAACAACAUGAACAACAUGAACAACAUGAACAACAUGAACAACAUGAACAACAUGAACAACAUGAACAACAUGAACAACAUGAACAAUAUGAACAGUAUGAACAAUAUAAACGUUAUGGGAGCUAUAGCUAAUACUAAUAACCUAAAUAAAAUGAAUAACGCAAACAAUGGUAACAAUAUGAACAACAUCAACGAGGUGAGAAAUAUAAAUAGCUUAAAUAAUAAUAUGAACAAUAUCAAUCCGGUAAACAGUUUGAAUAGUAUGAACUAUAAUACUAUGAACACUAUGGGUAAUCUCAAUUCAGUCAGCAAUAUGCAAAAUUUGGGCUCAGUAAACCAGGUAAACAAUUCAAACCAAGCAAAUCAAUUCACCAACAGAAAUCAAAGCUUCCAAGUGCCGAAUGCCCAUCGGCCAGGCAUAAACCACCAGACCUUGAGUAAUAAUGGACAAGUAUCCAAUGCUGAGUAUAUUCAAUCCCUUUUGCGGAAGCUCCAACCUGAACCAGGUAUGACCAAGCAAGAAAAAUUUAAACAGUUAUUGAAAAACGGCGAAUUGACCAGGUCUGAUGUUCAAUUGCUGCAACGACAUCAGGCGAUGAUUAAGCAAGCGCAUAUAAUGAGACAAAGGCAAGCACAACAACAAUCUCUACAAGCACAGAUAUCACAGCAAACUUCCAGAACUGCUGGGAAAUCCAUACCGGGGAAAACACUUCCUAAUGCAUCAGGUUCUGAAGGUUUUGCCGGAAAUAUAGCUGGUAAAACCGUGCCUGGGAAAACUGUACCUGGGAAAACUGUACCUGGGAAAACGGUUCCAGGGAAAACUGUACCUGGUAAGAGUAUAACUGCUGGAAUCAGAAAUAGCAGAUCCUACAGUCAAAGUCCUGUUGCUGGUAAAUCCAUGCCAGGAGCCCAGCAGGCCCAAUAUCAAGAUAAUAUGAAUGUUAUUAGUCCGAUGGGUGCUGGUAUGCCCGUUAAGAAUGCAUCUGUAAACAUGAACAACCACGCCAAUGUUCCUAAUAAUCAGUCGUUGAACACUUUGGUUAAUACGUCAAUAAACGCACCUGUCAACAAGCCUGUCAAUAAUCCAAUUAACAACGCACAGGUUGCAAAAUUAAAGCAAAACGAGCAAAAAAGACUAUUGCAGCAACAACAACAGAAAUAUUUUGGAUUAACUCCCGAGCAAUAUGAAAAACUGACACCACAACAGAAGCAAAUGGUGAAAAUGCAGUAUUUAAGACGAAAAGCAAAAACUCAUCGAUUUUAUGAAGCAGAUCAAGAACUCCUGAAAAAGUAUGAAAAUAGUCCUCCCUCUAUGGACUUCCAUAUUCACGAAGAUCACUAUAAAUUUGGCAAUAGCGAUAAUUUAAUUCCAAAAUCUGACCCUUCCAUUAAGGACUUCUUGAGACACGUUGCAAAAAAGCAAAUACCUGACGCUUUGAUGGAAAUUAUUAAGGAUGGUAAUAUACAGUUGUAUGAAGGCAACAUCAUCCUCAGGAUUUUUGAUCACAGAACUAAGGCAAGAAAAAAUGGUAUCAAAAAUUCACCUAGCUUAACAAAAUCGGAACCAGUUUCUCAGUCAAGUGAUGGUGUCACACCCCAAAAGGAUGACAAAGGGGAUUUGGCCUCUAGUAAAAAACCGUUUAAGGAAUACCGUACGAUUUUGAGAUUAACUCAAUCAGGAUUAUAUGAAGAUUUUUGUUUAACCACAGAUACACAACUUUUUGGCGAUUCGUUUGUUCUAACAUUUGAAAGUGAGCUUUUAACUGCCACUGCAAGAAAUGUAAACCUGCAGCCAAUCCAAAAUCCAUACUUGCAAGAUAAGUCAUUAUGGCCGACUGAACAAAUGGUUUUGCCUACUUAUGAUGAAGUGAAUGACAAAAUGGUUUUCCCACACCGGAAAGACAUGAGGGAAGUUGUAAAUGAACGAUUUAGGCCAAAUAAAAAGAGAAAGUUGAUAGACUUUGAGAAUUACAGUUAUAAGCCACUCCAUAAUGACGAAUCACAACUGAAUUCUAAAUACGAAAAAGUCAUGCUGAUUAUGAAUGAAUCUUCGGCACAUAGUAACAUCUCGAUAAACAAACAGGAUAUUGAAUUACCAAGGUUCGAAAGGUUGAGAUUCGUUGAAAGUUUGAGAAGGCAAAACUUAUUAAACAAGGAAGUUAAUACGAAUGGCUUAAACUCAGAAACUUCUAAUGUAGGAGGAUACACGGGGCUCUCUGGGCUUCGUGGUGUGAAUACCAAACCUUUUUCUGCGGGGCUACCUACAAAAAAUGAUAACAUCACUGAAGUAAAAGCCAACACUCAAGAUGACGAGAAAAAGACCACAAAGCCGAACACUAAGGUGCCUGCAUCCAAGAAAAAAGCUGAUAAACCAAAGAAGCCACGAAAGCCAACGAAGAAACAGCUUGCUGCUCAAGCUGCUGCUGAGAAUGGUACCCCUGUUGAGACCAAGAAAAAGAAAACACCAGCCAAGAAAAAAGCAUAG